UCUUGAAUGAUUAUUUUUCUCAAACCUUCUCAGUAUCAUUCUUCUGCUUCAUUACAAUUUCAACCCAAUUUCUUCAAUUUAAAUUUAACCUCAUAAUAAAGAAAAUUGUCAAUAACCGUAAUGCGUUUUAUUCUUACCGUAACUCUAUGCUUCAGCAACAACAGAAACUUCUUCAAGUGUGCUCUAGAGCUCGAUAUCUCUACAGCGUGUUUCCACGAAAGUGCUCACGAAUUGGUCAGGCUUUAACUAUCUGAACCCAGACAUUUUGAUAUCCAUUUAUGCAAAUCUGGGGUGAAUUAGCAGUAUCUCUGCAAGUGUUUGAUAAGAUGCCCGAAAGAAAUAUCAUGUCAGCAUGUGCAUCUUUGGAUGGCUAUCUCUGCACUUGCACUUUAAGACAAUGCAAACAGCAGUUGGAGCAAUUGGUUGCUCUAGGAAAGUGCGUGGAAUAGUAAUCUUUCUGCAAUAUCAAGCUUACGUACACCACCAGCAGUGGAGAUAUGGAAGGUUCGGGAAGUACAACUCUCUUCCCCUUGCAUCGCACCAAAACUUUGCAUCUGGUGAGGCAUGCACAUGGAGCUCACCAACUCGAAGUAGAAGAUCGCGAUGCACUCAAAUCUGAAGAACUAUUUGAUGCCCAACUUAGUCUUCAGGGGUGGCAGCAGGUUGAUAACUUGAAUAAGCAUAUUAAUGAAUGUGGACUUGCCAAGAAGGUUGAAUUAGUCAUUGUUUCUCCUUUACUGAGAACGAUGCAAACAGCAGUAGGAGCAUUUGGCGGUGUUGGAGACUAUGCAGAUGGGACGGAUGUAACUCCACUAAUGGUGGAAAAUGCAGGGAAUAGUAAUCGUUCUGCAACAUCAAACAUAAACACCCCACCAUUCCUAGCAGUGGAGCUUUGUCGAGAACGUUUGGGUGUUUACUAUUGUAAUAGGAGGAGAGCCACUAGUGAAUAUCGGACCAUUUUCCCUGCUAUCGAUUUCUCAUUGAUAGAAAACGAAGAGGAUGUUUUGUGGAAGGCUGAUGCAAGAGAAUCAUAUGAGUCCCUUGCUGUCAGGGGAAUGCAAUUUAUUGAUUGGUUGUGGACACGGAAAGAGAAAGAGAUUGCAGUUGUCACCCAUAGUUGUUUCUUGUUUCACACCCUCGGUGCACAUGGAAAGGACUACCAACCAACGGUGCAGCAAGAAAUGUGCACACGCUUUGCAAAUUGUGAGCUUCGUUCUGUGGUUAUUGCUGAUCGAGGGUAAGCGGUUUUCUUAUGUAUGUUUAACUUUUAUGGCUUAUUUUUAUCAUCACUUAAAGGGUUUCAGUGGUCAAGUGAUCCAUAACUAGUAGACACAUCCAGUCCUGGCUAAUUGCUAUCACAUGGAACUGACUCAAAAACAUAAGUUGCUUUCUCUUUGUUCUCCUUCAACAAUCUCUAUUGUUCGUUAUGUUUUUACAUUUAAUCGACCAAAAUACCUAAGAACCGGUGUGAGCAGAAUUGAUAAUUUGUCUGGUUCCACAAUAAGGACAUGGAUAACAGAAGGUAAGAAAUCUGUUGACUCCCAUAGCUUAUUAUCCAUGAAGCUGUUUGUUUUUCUUUUUUCUUAUGAAUUUGUAGUUUGAUAGGUUCAGGCUCCGGGACCACUAACUAUCCUGGAAAGGUCCCUGACGGGAUAAAUUUUACUAGUAAUGCUGCACUUUGAUAAGCACCCACGGGAAGGGGUACCUGAUACGUCGUCAAACUAGAUUGGCUGUCUUGAAUUCUAAUCUACACAACAAUUAUUCUUCUGAAAGUAGGUUAUUUUGGUGUAUUCUGUCUAGUACUGUAAUCUGAUUUGCUGCAAUCUUAAGAUCAACAGAAUCUCCUCUUUUUUUUUCUGUACUUCUCUUCUUCUUAUUAUUUGAACCAUAGACAGAGUGGAGAAAAAUAUAGGUUACGAAUUUGCUACGGCUACUCAUAGA